AGCAGCCCGCGCGGCCUCGAGGGCGGAGGCGGAGCGGGGGCGGAGGCAGGGCGGGCGGGGGCGCGGCGCCCUGCGAGCUGGCAGAGCAGAGGGAGGCGGGGAGCGCGCUUGUCAGGUUCCCUCUCGCCCUGGGGGCAUCCAGCAGAGCCCGGCUCGGAAAUCCGCGGGGAAAUGGCAAACAGGAUUGACGGGUUUCUCGCGCUCCUCUCCAGACACAGCGGCUCAUUUCCAUAACCGUCUGCGGCGGCGGCGGCGGCGGGACCUGCGGGGACCUCGGCCGCCGCGCACCGGGCCACGCCAACAGGGCCCGGGAGGCGCGUGGGCAGCGGCGGCCGCGCGGAGGACGGCGGCGGCUGGAGCGCGGGGCGCGCGAUCUAAGGCUGUCAGAGAUGACGCUGGUUCUGUCCAUGAAUAGAUUCUGCGAGCCCAUUGUCUCAGAAGGAGCUGCUGAAAUCUCCGGGUACCAGACGCUAUGGGAGGCUGACAGCUACAGAGGUGCAAGCCCCCCAGGGCCAGCACAGGUUCCUUUACAGACAGACCGAGCAGCCAGCCCACAACUGGCAGGAUCACACUACAGGGGAAUUCCAAAUCCUGUCGGAGCAUCCAAGGUCACAUACUUCAAGAGGAAGUACACCCCGGAGGAGGAUCUUCACCCCCCCCUCAGCAGCUGCAGCCACACAACCAUCUCUGUUUUUGAGGAGCGAGCCCACAUCCUUUACAUGUCCCUGGAGAAGCUCAGGUUCAUCGAUGACCCGGAAGUGUACCUGCGGAGAUCCGUCCUCAUUAACAACCUGAUGAAGAGGAUCCACGGGGAAAUCCUCAUGCAGAACAGCUGGUGCCUCCCUGCCUGCUCCCUCGGCGGCACCUCCGCCCAAGAGUGGUUUCUGGCCCAAGACUGUCCUUACCGGAAACGGCCCCGGGUGGCCAAAGAGGAGUGGGAGAAAGUCCACACUUGCUGUUUGUACCAGGAGUGUGGCGGCCACUGCCUGAAUCUUCCCCUUUCUGUCAAUGCUGGUGUUGGAAGCAAUUCUGCUGCUGCCCCGGCUGCAUCUCCCUCUACGCCCCCAUCCUCCUCCUCCUCCUCCCCAUCCUCCUCCUCCCCAUCUGCCUCCUCCUCAUCCUCCUCUUCCUCCUCCCCUCUGCCAUUGCCUAGCUGUUCCCACCAUGUGGACUUUGAUAUAGGCAGUGCCCCCAUCUACAAGAGCGAGGGCCAAAUACCUGCCAAUGAAAUUUUCGUCACUAACAUUAGGUCACUUGGUGUCCAGGAAAAGGCCAAGUUCAGCUAUGGGAAAGUAAGUCACAACGCCAGCAAAGACAGUGACGCCCUUGGCCAAGAACCUCUGGGGAGCGACCUUGACUUUGAGUGCAAAGGCCAAUUCUAUGACUAUUUUGAGACUGGGUAUAAUGAGAAAAGCCACAUGAGUGAGUCUUGGAAGAAGUCUUUGAGGAAAAAGGAGCUUUCCCCAGGCACCAAACUAUGCUGCAGCAAAGGAAGUAAGAUGUGACCGUCCUCCGCCGGCACGCACAGGGACACGCAGCAUGACCAGCUUCUGUCUCGAAUGGCUUCUGUAGUUUUGUACAACUGAUAACAGUGUGCAGUGAACACUCUGUGUUGUCUUACCGCCUGGAGAGCAGACUGCACAAACGUCUGUACAGUAGGCAUCCCAAGCCGCCUGUUAAUGUGAUUUUCCGAGGAAAGCCAACUUUGUGUUUGAAAGUUUAUCUUAGUUUUCUUUAAAAAAAAAAAAAUUAGUAGAUUAGGUUGAGGACAACAUGCCCUUGUUAUAGUCCCACUGCCCCUCCAAGAAGCCCGCCAAAUCAGUAUAACAGCAGAGUUGUCUGCUUCUUCCUCAGAUACAGCAUUUCAAUCUGAGUGAAAGCCUGAAGACAGGAAGAUAGAUGAAGGGUUUCAUGAGUUGUGACGUGUUUGUAUUGGACGGUGAGACAAAAUGAAACACACCUGGUGGGCAGAGGUGUAGGAGUUGUGGAGACUGUACCCUGCGAGCUCCUCGCUUGCCUGUGCUGGGUAAUGGGUGACUAAAGAGGUGUAGGGGCCGUCUCUGAUGGGCUCUGUAGGGAGGUGUAUAUGGCCGUGUCUGAUGGGCUCUAUAGGGGGGAGGUGGACACAGCCGUCUCUGAUGGGCUCUGUAGGGAAGAGGUGUAUAUCCGUGUCUGAUGGGCUCUGUAGGGGGGAGGUGGACACAGCCGUGUCUGAUGGGCUCUGUAGGGAGGAGGUGUACACGGCUGUCUCUGAUGGGCUCUGUAGGGAGGAGGUGUAUAUCCGUGUCUGAUGGGCUCUGUAGGGAGGAGGUAGACACAGCCGUCUCUGAUGGGCUCUAUAGCGGGGAGGUGUACGCAGCCAUCUGCUCUGUAGGGAAGAGGUGGACACAGCCGUCUCUGAUGGGCUCUAUAGCGGGGAGGUGUACGCAGCCAUCUUGCAGCCAUCUUUGACCGGGCCGUCUUGAUGUCAUGACAAGGAAAGUGGUGUACAGGGCGAUCUUGGGUGCCUUACUUAUCUUAAUUUUUGCCAAUGUGAAAAUUAAGGAUAAAUCAGAGUUACAGCAGGGAUUUAACAAAUAGUAAAAAAAAAAAACACACACACACAGGGUGGAUCCAUGCGGUUUGGAAACUUAACUUUGAACUAUUGCGUUCAACUUUUGAUUCACCAUCCUCUUCUUCCUUUGUUUUUAACGCCCAGUGGCUGUGGGAUGGCCAUGGGCAGAGUGGAAGCGGCCUAGGCUCUUCCAUGGACACCGUCGUUGGGUCUGGGCUUUGGGCUGUUCUGUUUCCUUGUCCAGUGACGUACACGGCCCGUGGCAUGCAUUCUGUGCGUCACACUUUGACCUGUUUUGCAUCAUUUCAUGAGUUUAGACUCCUAAGAGCAUGUGGUUUCUAUAUAUGACUUUCACUGUUGAUUGAGAAGCACAAUGUUAAUAGAUGACGUGGUGAUCAAUACGUUUUUAUCUUAAAGAAUGUAAAGACUGUAGGUUGCGAAACGUUAUUUUGGAGAAAUGGGACUCUCCCGUCAUUGUUACCUGGGUAUUUGGCCAACACACUGCUCAAACAAGACCUUGGAUUUGCACAUUGCCGUGUGUACUCAGCGGCUCUCUGGCCCAGUCCGGCCAGCUCCUCCUGGUAAAACGUAUUCCCGUUUCCAAGGCCAAACACUGGCCUACUUGACUUGGGCCUUCUAAAAACCAUUGUUCACAGCAACCAAAUGCCAAAUGGAGGAGAUAGGUAAGUCCUCCCAGUUUCUCCAAGAUGAAGCUUUUUUAAUUAUUGCUAUUAAUAUUAAAUAGGUCUCAUUCAUACAGUGUAUGAGUAGAUCAUUUGGGAAAUUGUCCGCAAGGACCAAUUUUUAAAACAUGUUCCUAUGUUAUGGCUGAAUAGUCUAGUAAUGUUUUGUCCCUUAUUUUCAAUAUUUGAUGAACAUUUCGGUGUUGAAAUUUUAGGUGAUAGAUGCUAGUACAUGACUGUGUUGUAAUAAAA